CACUUUGGUGUUUAUCUGUCACUUCGGCUUGAGACAGACAGGGAGAGAAUAUUUUUUCGGCAUGGUUUCCUUCGCUGAGAGGCUGAGACCAUCUCCCUCGGGAUCCCAUCAGAUGGGGGGACAUGUCUAUGAGCGAGAGAGAGCUAGAGCGAGGGAAAGAGCAUGUGUGUGCACACAGAAAGGAAAGGGGCAGAGUGUGAGUGCGAGCGCGUAUGAUGCUGCUCGUGGAAGGAGAUGGUGCAGGUUUUGGCUUUCCUUCCUGUGCUACAAGAUUUUCCCCACUAAGGUUUGACCUCUGCGUCCUGUCAGUGUGGCACGUCAGCUUCUCGGAGAGACACAGAACGACAAAGGGAAGGGAGGAGGGUGGUACAGGCAGAGGAUAUCAUGUGUGCGCUAUAACUAAGGACAAGGAGCAGACAGAGUUGGAGAAGAGGGGAAAUAAGACACAAGGCAGAAGCUGCAGACACCGUCCCUUUAUUGGCCAGAACCGGCAACAAAGACAAAAGAGGUAAAGCCUCUGAAGCCGAGACUCAAGCGUUCUGCCUCGUUACUCCUCGGAUUCCAUGUGCCACUGGCAUCUCAUCGAGGGCGAAUAGGAUGUCUGUGUCUGGAAAAAAGGAGUUUGACGUGAAGCAGAUCCUCAGGCUCCGCUGGCGCUGGUUCAGCCACAGCACUCAGACCUCAGCUGGGAAUGGGGGCUACAUCCAACAGGAAGGUUUUGACCACCGGGGAACACCGGUCCGGCUGAAGAGUCACUCCCGGGACAGAGGAGGACUCCGCAAGAGCAACAGCCCCGUGCACAGCAUUCUGGCACCGAACCCUGGACCCACGCCUGUUUAUGCCAGGCCAGGCGAUCAAUCAUGGCACCAGCAAAACAUCAUCCAGCACCUCCAAGCCAGCGAGGAGCUUCCCAAGAGCAACUCACCUUGCAGUGCCAGGAAAGAGGAGGCGAAGAGCAGCCAUGAGGAUGUGAAGAGCAAUCCGGAGAAUCCCUGUGAGGAGGAAGCCACAGACAGGUUGGCUUUGAGCGGUUUCUCUAGGAUGAGCUCCAACUGCUCCGAUGAGUUUUUCCAGGCCACAAACCACGCGGAACAGACCUUUCGAAAGAUGGAGACCUAUCUUCAGCACAAGCAGCUGUGUGAUGUACUUUUGAUAGCUGGAGACCACAAGAUCCCCGCACACAGACUUGUCCUGAGCGCAGUUUCAGACUACUUUGCUGCCAUGUUCACCAAUGAUGUGAGGGAGGCAAAACAAGAGGAAAUUAAAAUGGAGGGUGUAGAUCCUGAGGCGUUGCGAGCACUGGUUCAUUUCGCAUAUACUGGAGUCCUGGAGCUAAAAGAGGACACAAUUGAAAGUCUGUUAGCUGCUGCUUGUCUCCUCCAGCUCUCACAAGUUAUUCAGGUCUGCUGUAACUUUCUGAUGAAACAACUGCACCCAUCCAACUGCCUGGGGAUCCGUUCGUUUGCUGAUGCUCAGGGAUGCAUGGAUCUUUUGAACGUCGCUCACAACUACACUACGGAACACUUUCUAGAGGUCAUUCAGAAUCAGGAGUUCCUUUUGCUGCCCACAACUGAAAUUGUCAAGCUUUUGGCCAGCGAUGACAUCAACGUUCCAGAUGAAGAAACGAUUUUCCAAGCACUGAUGAUGUGGGUUCGCUAUGAUGUGCAGCACCGACAACGGGAUCUGGGAGUGUUGCUGGCGUAUAUUCGACUUCCCCUUUUACCACCACAGCUUCUUGCUGAUCUGGAAAACAAUAAGAUGUUUUCAGAAGACCUGGAAUGCCAGAAGCUCCUGAUGGAAGCCAUGAAGUACCAUCUUUUGCCAGAACGCCGUCCCAUGCUACAGAGCCCAAGAACCAAACCACGGAAAUCCACUGUUGGAUCGCUUUAUGCUGUUGGAGGCAUGGAUGCCUCUAAAGGGUCUACAACGAUAGAGAAAUACGACCUUCGCACAAACAGAUGGAUCCAAGUUGGUAUCAUGAAUGGGCGAAGACUUCAGUUCGGGGUUUCAGUGAUUGAUAACAAACUCUACGUGGUUGGAGGAAGGGAUGGACUCAAGACCUCUAACAUGGUGGAGUGCUACAACCCAAUCACUAAAGUGUGGUCCACCAUGCCGCCAAUGUCAACCCACAGACACGGAUUAGGAAUUGCUGUGCUAGAGGGGCCCAUGUAUGCAGUGGGAGGCCAUGACGGAUGGAGCUAUUUGAACACAGUAGAAAGGUGGGACCCCCAGGCGAGGCAGUGGAAUUAUGUGGCCAGUAUGUCCACACCACGCAGCACAGUCGGGGUCACUGCUCUCAAUGGAAAGUUGUUUGCUGUCGGCGGUCGUGAUGGAAGCUCCUGUCUGCGAUCGAUGGAAUGUUUUGAUCCCCACACCAAUAAAUGGAGUAUGUGUGCACCCAUGUCAAAGAGGAGGGGAGGAGUGGGCGUGGCCACAUAUAACAGUUUCUUGUAUGCAGUCGGAGGACAUGAUGCACCAGCUUCAAGCCAUUGUUCACGUCUCUCUGAUUGUGUGGAGAGGUAUGACCCCAAAACAGACACAUGGACCACAGUGUCUUCUCUGAGCGUCCCACGGGAUGCAGUGGGGGUGUGUCUGCUGGGAGACAGGUUAUAUGCGGUCGGAGGAUAUGAUGGUCAGACCUACUUAAACAGUGUCGAGUCCUAUGAUGCACAGAACAAUGAAUGGACUGAGGAGGUCCCUCUAAACAUCGGGAGGGCGGGGGCAUGUGUGGUGGUCGUGAAACUGCCUUGAAGGCUCAGAGUCUGAACUGUGACCUCAAGAAGAGGCCUGCGAUGUCAACAUUUGGAAUGCUCUUUUCACGUAGUACACAACGUUCAUCAAAGCUAUCGUCAAAACUGGAUUCAUCUCAACAGAUUUAGACAGCCGUGUGCCGUUUAGUCUGUUUUUGCUCAGAUAUUUCAGCAUUAUUACAGACUGGAAUAAAAGGGAAAAAAGUAUUAUUAUAAGAUUUUACUUAAUUAUAUGAGACAUUUUAUAUUAAAAGAAUACUUUUGAAAAUGCAUCCAGUCA